ACGAAUAUCGUGCUUUCAGUCUGCGUACGGCGCAGAGCUACGUACAUAUAUUAACGCAUUGUUAAACGUUCUUUGCGUCUUUAUCGUACAGGAAACGAUACUUGCCAUUUAAUGGACGAACAAGCUAGGUCUUGAAUAAGCGUUAAGCAUGUUCGCGAAUAUAGUUUGUCGAAACUAAAUGUUAGAAACAGUGUGACUAUACGAGAUACGUACGAUGGGUAAAUUGGUGUUUUUGGUGCUGUUUGUUUAUUCCGUGGGAAUUUCACGCUACUGCGAAACUACGUCGACUCCAAAUCGGGGAUAUGUGUUUAUGGCACCGAAAAGAUUAUUAGCCGGCGAAACCGAAAGCGGCUGUUUGUCUUUACAUAAUUUGGAACUACCGGCUCAUGUUCUUCUCGAGCUAGUGCCCACGAUAGAAAAUCAAGUAUUGGCUCGUACUAGCGCCGUUGUAAAAACAGGUACAGAAACAUGCCUGCACUUAGCAGUACCGCAGACUGUUUCCAGAAGCGCAAGUCUCCGAUUAAAAAUCAAAUUCGACAAGUAUCCCGAUUACGUCGUGGUAUCGGAAUCAACCGUAGAGAUCGAGGAUGAUUCUUUGAUCACCUUCGUAGAAACCGAUAAACCGACCUACAAGCCCGGCCAAGACGUUAAAAUCAGAAUUCUUAUGCUUAUGCGUGAUUUAAAACCGUCGCAAAAAUCGAUUCCAGAAGUAUGGAUCGAAAAUCCAUCGUUAGUGAGAGUAGCGCAAUGGACGAACGUAAGCACGGAGAACGGGAUGGCUCAGUUGACGUUUCCUUUGUCUCCGGAACCAACCUUGGGAACGUGGAACAUACAAGUAAUGAAAGAAAGAGAGUAUUCUAAGUUGAUUCACACUACUCAAUUUGAAGUAGAGAAAUACGUUCUGCCAAAAUUUCAAAUAACCAUCAAUUCACCAAAAUAUAUUCUUGCGGAUGUGGAGAACGUGACUUGGAACAUCUGUGUCAAAUAUAGUUACGGCAAACCUGUGAAAGGUAAUCUAUUGCUGAAGUUAACUCCGCAAACACCAAGUUGGAGAAGAUUGCCCAAUCUUCCGGCGAUACGUUACGAAACGGAACUCGAUAAACCGGAUGGUUGCACCGAAUUUGUUCUUUCUGGGACGGUUCUUGGUUUGGCGCAUUGGAAAAUGGAUCCGAACAAUAUCGUUCUCAUAGCUGAAUUCACAGAAGCCGGGACUGGUGUAGUAGAAACUACGAUUAGCAGAACCGUGGUGAUGCACGAAGCACUGAAAUUAGAAUACGAGAAUUAUACACCUAAAUACUUCAAGUUCGGUUUACCUUAUCAUGGAAAAUUACGAGUUUUGCGACACGACGACACGCCUGCUCCGAACGAAAAAAUUCAAAUUUGCCUAAAAGUACGUGGAAAAAUCGAAUGGGAGAAAGAUGUUGUAGAAUGUCGUGAUUUUAUGUCAUCCCCUGAUGGUUUCGUCGAUUUUGUCGUACCACCGCAACAUAAAAAUAUCGUUUUGUUAAGUUUUGUCGCCACCGCCGUUGAUUAUCCGACAACUUAUUAUCCACCAGACCAACGUUGGAAAGUUUUCAUGAAUCAACCAUCAGCAUCUACCACCGUGAAUCCUUGGUAUUCUCCGUCCGAUAGUUACUUAACGGUAGCUCGGGGAAAUCAACCGAUCACGUGUGGCGAAAAGUAUUCCUUUAACGUUAUGUAUACGACACCACCUAACAUGAGUGAAUCCAUUUCUUUCCAUUAUUCGAUCAAUUCCAAGGGAGGUAUUUUAAUAUACGGACACGUAAAGCACAAACCUAAUCGGGAUACGGUGUUGAAUUAUUUUGAAUUUCACAAUUUAUUGGGUUCUAUUGAAUCUUUUGCUAACAAAACGGAGCAGACAGCUAUAGUACACAGAUUCCCAUUAAGCGUUAAAGUAACGCCAAGCAUGGCUCCAGUUUCGGAAUUGCUACUUUAUUACGUACGAUCAGAUGGUGAAAUUGUCGCAACAACUUACACGAUAGAAGUUGGCCACUGUUUUGAGAACAAAGUAAAAACCGCAUGGCAUACUGAUGUUCAAACACCAGGAUCGGCGACUCAGUAUCACGUCGAAGCUGCUCCUGGAUCGCUUUGUGGAAUCUCUGCAGUAGAUAAAUCGACCCUAUUUUUGGGUAAAUCGAAAUCCAAUCUGAUCAGUGCCACUCAAACGUUCGACCAGUUGAGAAAAUUUCAUCCAACUCCAGAGCCACAUUUUCUAUCGGCAAUUCAUUGCAAAUCAAUGGCAUCAGAAGGGACGAACGAAGAGAUCAAUCAUUUUCCAGGAUUUACCGAAUUGCGAAAAAGGAGAAACACGAAAUACAACGUAAUAUACAACAAAAGGGUUAACUAUGUGGACGCUGUACAAGCUUUUGUCGACUUUGGAGUGAUUGUAAUGAGCGAUCUCGUAUUACAAACACGACCAUGCCCGUGGAUGUACAUGGAACACACAGACAUGUUUCUUGCCUCCCAUGUGUCUUCUCUCAAGUCCUUCCAUUCUGAUGCUGUUGCUGCUGCGGCCAUGGAUCCAGGAGUAGAAUAUGUUGACCAAAAUCCGGCUCAGACGGCUACACUUAGAUCAUAUUUUCCUGAAACAUGGUUGUGGGAAUUGGUGCCUACUGGAAAAGAGGGCAAAGUAACGAUAGAACGUACACUUCCACACACCAUCACCGAUUGGGUUGGAUAUACAACAUGUAUUUCGCCGGUUCACGGUCUUGGAAUAGCCCCUCCGACCACUAUAACAGCAUUCCAAUUGUUCUUCCUGGAUUAUAGUUUACCGUACAGCAUAAAACGUGGAGAAAUAAUGCGUUUCAAAGUGUCCCUUUUCAAUUACAUGCAUCACAGUUUACCUGUAAAAAUUAAAAUGGAAGAGGUAGAAGGAAUUGAUUUGCAUUCGUCGAAUUCGAUCGCCUCGUUCUGUGUAAAACCACGAGACAGUAUUGUCUAUCAGUACAUUUUGAAACCACGAGUAAUCGGAGAAGUUAACGUAACAGUUGCCGCUUUCAUAGACACUGAUUUUCCUGAACCAUGCGGACCAGAAACUGUGGUAUUUACGCGGGACGUAAUCAUGAAACCGAUUCUAAUUCUACCCGAAGGUUUCCCCAUGGAAGAAACGAAAUCUACGUUGAUUUGCCCGAUGGAUUUCAGCGAUGAUUCCGCGUUCAUGUGGGAAUUGACAUUGCCUGAAGAUGCGGUACCGGAUAGCGGGAGAGCGUAUUUAAAUUUGAUAGGAGACAUCUUAGGUCCGGCACUCGAAAAUUUAGAUAAACUCGUACAAUUACCAAAAGGUUGCGGUGAACAAAAUAUGGUACUGUUUGUUCCAAAUAUUCACGUGAUUAAAUAUCUGGAUGUGAUCGGAAUCGAUAACCCUGAACUUCGUGCGAAAGCGAUUAGGAAUAUGGAAAAAGGAUACCAGAGAGAGCUAACGUACAGACAUGUGGAUGGUUCUUAUUCUGCGUUUGGAAGUAGUGAAAGCUCUAUAUGGCUGACUGCAUUCGUAUUAAAAUCAUAUGCUCAGGCUGCAACCUUGAUUCAUAUCGACGAACAGGAUCUUAAGCUAUCUGUUAGCUGGAUCACAUCGCAACAAUUGGAAAAUGGUUGUUUCCCCGUAAUAGGCACUGUGUUUCACAAACAGAUGAAGGGCGGCCUUGAAGAAUACGAUGGCUCGUCAUCGGGAAUAACAGCAUACAUCCUAAUUUCUUUGCUCGAAUCUGGCGUUCCUUUGUCAUCGUCUGUUGUUAAUAAUGCCAAGAGUUGUUUGGAAAAGGGAACAGCUAGUGGUCACAAUAAUCUACACACUACGGUUCUCACUACAUACGCGUUAGCAUUAUUGGGGGAUCCAAAGGCCAAUUCCAGCAUGACGUCUUUGAUGAAUCUCGCUACACGCUACAAAAAUCUAGUUUGGUGGGAGGAUAAAACUAAGCCUUCGAUCGGUCUAAGCAUCGAAAUGACUGCAUAUGUCAUUCUUACCUUACUGAAAUUAGGUGAUGGACAUUUGAUUGAAGCCUUGAAAGCCGUUCGCUGGAUAUCAAAGCAAAGAAACGCCGAAGGUGGAUUUACGUCCACUCAAGACACGGUCGUUGGACUGGAGGCUCUUACGAAAUAUGCUAUGAGUGUACAACAUAGAAAUAUCGAUUUGUCUGUUCUUGUCACUGCUAAGGAAGUGGAUUAUGUCUACAAAUUGCAUAACGAAAAUCGUAUGAUUCUUAAGCAAAUUCGUUUAUCUGUUUUACCAACUAUCGUAGAAAUAUUUGCUCAAGGCAAAGGGUGUGUUUUAGUACAGAGCAAUCUUAAAUAUAAUGUCCCGCAUAGUACCGGUUCGGAUGCUUUUGAUCUUUCGGUAAGAGCUCGUUCCGUUAGUCAUGGAAACGAAUGCUCGUUACAAGAAAUUACAAUCUGUGCUCGAUAUAAGCUGGCAGAUGAGGAAAGUAACAUGGCUUUGCUAGAAAUUGGAAUGAUAAGUGGUUACGUGCCUGAUCGAGCGAGUCUUCACUUGUUAUUAGAUCCAUCUUCAAAAGUUAAACGAUUCGAGGAAGACCAAGAUACUAUGACGAUUUAUUUUGAUAAAUUAACUGGACAAAAUACUUGCGUCUCGUUUAGAAUAAUACAGGAGUAUUUUGUCGAUCAUCUUAAGCCAGCAAACGUGAAGCUUUACGAUUACUAUCAGCAAGAGCUUACCGUAUCCACUAAUUACACAAUCGCUUCAAUUUGUAGCAGCGCGGAACCAGUCGAUGAACAAACAACGCCAAAUCAACUAUCUACUAUGAAGCAAUACAAAGAAUUUAAUACCAGUCCGGUGAAUUCCUCUUUCUUCGUCGUCAAUCAUGAACUAGCAGUGCCAGAUGGAAUAGAAGGACCAAUUCCAGUUUAUAUGAAACCGGAUGCCUAUGAUAAAACAGAAAUGGCUAUCACUACCAAUGGAUCACCUGAUUUAACACCGACAUUUGCAACGGAAGACCAAACUGUAUCAACUAUACAAAUAGAGAAUGAAGAACCUGUACAGGUGGAGCCAGAUAUUGAAAUAAAGAACACUACGUCAAUCACCGAGACGAAUAUUCCGUUGCCAAUGGGAGUAAACCAAUCUUGUCCCGUAUGUAUGGAGUUACCAUCAAACAUUAGCGAUGUUUAUUGUUCGGCAAGUAGCGCGGUUAAGGUAGCAAUCAGACGACUUCGCAAAGUGAGAUUGCUGCUGGACUUACAUCCAUCCCGAGAAGUUCAACGUCUUCGUGCCACGGUCGAGUUCACUUUAAGCCCAAAUUGCUCCUGUUUACAGUUAGAUAACCCUGGAAGUUUUGCAUUAAUCAUAAACAAGGAUAACGACUUUCUUGCAUCCGGGGAUCAGAAGCAAACACUGAACGAUUCGUUUCAUAUAUAUGGUUUACCAAUGGUAAGCGGUAUGCCUUGCAAAUUGGCCGAGGCACGAGCCUUUUGUUUCAAUGAAGAGAACAUUCAAUGCACGUACGAAGAUCCCUCGGUUUACGGUUAGAUUUAGUAUAUCUAUCUUAAUGUGUUUUAUGCGCAAAAUGUUUGAAACCGAUUGUGUAAAUUUCGAUUACAAGGAUAUAACACUGUAUGUUCUGUUUCCUUUUUUAACUGAACUAAUUUCGCGCAGGGUAUAUACAUGAAUCUACUCUUUUCAUUUUCUGUUUUUUUUUUUAUCUACAAAUAUAUCAGUUACAUAAUAUGUAAGUAAUCAUAGGAUAAGCUAUAGUCCACGUGAAAACAUAAACGAACAUCAUCGUCGCAAUUAGUUAUAUAUGUAUCAGGGAAUGGAAAGUUCCUCUUUUUUUAUAUAUAUUGUGAAUAAAGUUUUCAGUAUAGUAAA